AUGUGCAGGGCGCAGGGGGACGCCGUGGCCGGGCGGCGCUGGUGGCGGCUGCCCGGGACCCUGCUGCUGCUGCUGGCCUACGUGGGCUACCUGCUGCUGGGCAGCACGGCGUUCUGGGCGCUGGAGGGGCCCGCCGAGCGCCACUCGGCGCAGCAGCUGCUGCAGGACAAGUGGGAGCUGCUGGGCAAUUACACGUGCCUGAAAGGGCCGGCCCUGGAGCGCCUCAUCCAGGGUAUCAUCAAGGCCUAUAAGAGCGGCCUCACCCUCCAGGGAAACGCCACCAGUCUGGGGAGAUGGGACUUUGUCGGCUCUUUCUUCUUCUCCAUCUCUGCGAUAACCACCAUCGGCUAUGGGAACCUGAGCCCCAGCACUGUGAGUGCUCAGAUCUUCUGCAUCUUCUUUGCCCUCUUUGGGAUUCCUUUGAACCUCAUCCUCCUGAACCGGAUUGGGCACCUGAUGCUGUCUGGGGUUCAGCGAUGUGCCAAGCGCCUGGGGGAGAAGUUGCACUGGCAGGAGGCAGCAACCAUAUUGACAAGGACCUGUGCACUGGUGACUGGCUUGUUGCUGUUCCUCCUGCUACCCCCAUUUCUGUUCUCUGUGAUAGAAGGCUGGACCUAUGAAGAAGGAUUCUACUAUUCCUUCGUUACCCUCAGCACAAUAGGCUUUGGAGAUUAUGUGAUUGGGAUGAACCCAGACCUCACCUACCCUUCCUGGUACAAGAACCUGGUAUCUGUGUGGAUCCUCUUUGGGAUGGCCUGGCUGGCCCUGGUCAUCAACCUGUGCAUCACCUUGCUAGAGAACUCUAGUGACCUCUGCCAGUGUGGCAAGAAGAAGAGCAAAGAGCUGGAGCGGGAGUUAAUGGAUUGCAACAAAAAUACCAGCCCGAGGCCUGAUGACGUGGAGAACUGCAGCAGCAAGGACACAAAACCUGAAGGCGCAAACUGA